CUCUGCAGGCGGGCAAAUUGCGUGUUGCUGCGUCAUCGCCAGUGGCCGGUUUGAAUGAGACUCUCGUCGCACCCGUGCUGCCGCCACUACCGCGCCUCUUCCUUGGCUGCCGCGGCUGCUUCAUCGCGUCCCUUUCCCUUCGACGCCCUUGCCAGGCCCAGCCUUCCUGCACCGCUGCCGUCUCUUGUGCCGCCAUGCCGCUUUAUUCCGUUACCGUGAAAUGGGGAAAGGAGAAAUUUGAAGGUGUAGAAUUGAACACUGAUGAACCUCCAAUGGUGUUCAAGGCUCAGCUUUUUGCAUUGACUGGAGUCCAGCCGGCCAGACAGAAAGUUAUGGUGAAAGGAGGAACAUUGAAGGAUGAUGAUUGGGGAAACAUCAAAAUAAAAAAUGGAAUGACUCUACUAAUGAUGGGGUCAGCAGAUGCUCUUCCUGAGGAACCCUCAGCUAAAACUGUCUUUGUAGAAGACAUGACAGAAGAACAGUUAGCAUCUGCGAUGGAAUUACCAUGUGGAUUGACAAACCUUGGCAACACUUGUUACAUGAAUGCUACAGUUCAGUGUAUUCGUUCUGUGCCUGAACUCAAAGAUGCCCUUAAAAGGUAUGCAGGUGCCUUGAGAGCUUCAGGGGAAAUGGCUUCAGCACAGUAUAUUACUGCAGCCCUUAGAGAUUUGUUUGAUUCCAUGGAUAAAACUUCUUCUAGUAUUCCACCUAUUAUUCUACUGCAGUUUUUGCACAUGGCUUUUCCACAGUUUGCAGAGAAAGGUGAACAAGGACAAUAUCUUCAACAGGAUGCUAAUGAAUGUUGGAUACAAAUGAUGCGCGUAUUGCAACAGAAAUUGGAAGCCAUAGAGGAUGAUUCUGUUAAAGAGACAGAUUCUUCAUCUGCAUCAGCAGUGACACCUUCUAAAAAGAAAAGUUUAAUUGAUCAGUUCUUCGGAGUUGAGUUUGAAACUACCAUGAAAUGUACAGAAUCUGAAGAAGAAGAGGUCACUAAAGGAAAGGAAAAUCAGCUUCAACUUAGCUGUUUUAUCAAUCAAGAAGUCAAGUAUCUUUUUACAGGACUUAAAUUGCGACUUCAGGAAGAAAUCACUAAACAGUCUCCAACAUUGCAAAGAAAUGCUUUAUAUAUCAAAUCUUCUAAGAUCAGCCGACUACCUGCUUACUUGACAAUUCAGAUGGUUCGAUUUUUUUAUAAAGAGAAGGAAUCUGUGAAUGCUAAAGUUCUUAAGGAUGUUAAAUUUCCUCUUAUGUUGGAUGUGUAUGAACUGUGUACCCCAGAACUUCAGGAGAAAAUGGUCUCUUUUCGAACAAAAUUCAAGGAUCUAGAAGAUAAAAAAGUGAAUCAGCAGCCAAAGACAAGUGACAAAAAGAGUAGUCCCCAGAAAGAAGUUAAAUAUGAGCCUUUUUCUUUUGCUGAUGACAUUGGCUCCAAUAAUUGUGGAUACUAUGACUUACAAGCAGUGUUAACACAUCAGGGAAGGUCUAGCUCUUCAGGCCAUUAUGUAUCAUGGGUGAAAAGGAAACAAGAUGAAUGGAUUAAGUUUGAUGAUGAUAAAGUCAGCAUCGUGACACCAGAGGAUAUCUUACGGCUUUCUGGUGGUGGAGACUGGCACAUAGCAUAUGUUUUACUCUAUGGGCCUCGCAGAGUUGAAAUAAUGGAAGAGGAAAGUGAACAGUAAUCUUCAUUUUAGCUAUUUAUGUUUAGGUGUGAAAUAAAUGUUACUUGUUGAUCAUUUCUAUAAUCCAGAGCUGUAGAGGAAGACAUGUAGGUGGUUUUAUGUGUUUCCCCUCUCAUGUGGAACAAAAGAGGGUGAAGCAGACCACUCUGUGGAUCAACCUAAAAAUUACAGAAAAAAAAAUUGCCUUUGGACUGUGUGGUUGCAGGAAGACAUUUUUAAAAAGCUUAUUUCUUGCAUUAAUUUUUAAAAAUUCUGAUUUGAAAUGCCUUUCAGCCAUUACCUUCCAUGAUAAAUUUUUUCUCCCUGCCUUUUUAAGCCCAGGAUUCAGCAAUCAGAUGUUUAUUGCACACCUAUUACUCUUUUUGUUGUUGUUGUUCUUGCAUGGUUCAAACCACCGGUGAUUCAUAGCUGCCCAUCCUUUGCCUUAUCUAACAAAAAUUUUGCCAGGAAGGUGGAAAGGAAGGAAGUGUUGCUCUCAUUGUGUUACUCAGUGCUGCUGCCCACAUCCCAUGGAAACAUGGGUACAAUCAAGUAUUUGUCCAGCCUGACUGUUGCUGGCUUUUCAUGACUUUAAAAUAAAUUGUGAUCAGUAAUAGUACAUUUGAUUAUACAUUCAUUAUUGUGUCUCUCUGAUGUACUAUGGUUUGUAUGUUUAACUUUGCAAUGGUUUUGUAGUAAUCAACCUUAAAAAGUUGACAAGCUCUCGUUGCUUAUUUUUAGAAAAUGAGGAUAUUUAAUAAAAAAAAAAAAAAGAGGGACUAACAGCUUCUAACCUCAAGUCUUUUGUCUACUGAGUGUUGGAGCUUGGGUUAAGUUUAGGUAUAUUUAAUAUCACGCCUUGCUGCAGGUUGUUAGUUUUACUCUGCUGUUAAGCAUCCAUUUAAAAAUGUUAUCUCUUCUGCCUUCUCACAUUAUGUUCUGUUUAAAAGAAAUACAAAGUUGUAAAAGUAACAGAGUUCUUUGGAUGCUGAAUGCAACGAUGUUUAUUGGUCUGUCUUUUCUUUGGCUCAGUUGUUUUUACUCGUCUGUUCCCAAAAUCUUAAUGUGUAUCUCAGAAUUGAAUAAUAGCAAUGAUUUUUAAAGUGAUGGUAAAAGUACCAAGAGUAAGUGGUGUUUCAGUAUGGUAGGUUUCUUACAUUUUAAUACAUUCUAAUUCCUCAUCUUUGUUUCAAGAGCCUUGAUUACUAGAUAGAGGAUAGGAAAUUAGCUCAUUUGUCUCUGAUUUUGAGUUAGGUAUAUAAAAUGAAGCUUGGGGGAUUAUCAUGAAAUCUCCUCUCUUACGCUGUUUUCAUGCUCUGCAGAGCAUAGCACUGGUAACUAUUAAAUUCCUAGAGAAUAAUGGCCAAUUUCCUCUCAGCUUUGAACAAUGUGAUAAAACCUGAGAACCCUAGGAGAUAAAAUAAGCAUUUCAGGGAAACUUAUUUGUAAAUAGCUUCUUCAGCUAAGUGGUGAUUACUGGCAAUCAUUAUUCCCUUUGCCUUGGCGGAGGGUGCAGAAUAGAAUGGGGAAGAGGAGACCAUAAGAAGUGUAAUGAUUCUUAGAUAGUGCUAUGAUGCUUGUGACUCUGCAUUUUUUAUUCACAGUCUGUCUUGGUCUGAACAAUUUUGAGGACAUAAAUUUAGCGAUUAGAAUUCUGAUUUCUGACUUGCAGGAUGCUGUAGCUAGUAGAUGAGGUAGGUUUAGAACAAAGUAUAUGUCUUGUAUGGAGUUAAGAUUUUUAAUAUUGUAAUUCCUUAAUUGUUUCAAAAAUGGAUUUCAUUUUAUUUGAUCCAAAUAAGCAUUAGUCCAAAGAUUUUUUUUUUUUUUAAGAAAUUGGACUUACACCAGUGUUUUAAACUAGUAAGGCUAUUUUAGAGUUCAGCCUUGCAUAUAAGGUCUUUGAGAAGGGAGAGUGGUCAAGAAAAUUUCUUGAUUCCUGAGUGUGCCUUAUAUGCUGUGCCAUGAGCACGGAGGCCCUUUUGAUAUUAGAGCUGUGCUGUAUCACUGUUGGACUAGCCAGUGAAGUUAAGUCCAAGCAAGAACAUUUAUGGUGUAAUAUGCACUUAGGUGUAUUAUGCACUUAGUAGCCUUUCAGGAUACAAAACAUACAAUGAUAACCUAAUGUUAGAGCCCUACAGGGUAAUUAUGCUUAUGUGGGAAUGGGAAAAGUAGAUGGUACUGUCCCCAGCCAUUAUUACAUAGUGCUUUGCUGUUUGUAGAUAGCUUUCACCUACAUAUCUCAAACUUCACAUCAAUCCUGGAAGUAUGCAUCCCUAUUUUAAGGACUUAGGAUUUUAGACUUCACCCUGUUUUUUUUCAAGUUGGGGGCUGGCAAACAUUUUCUGUAAUGGGUGGGGUGGAUAGUACAUAUUUUAAGUUUCGCAGGCCACAGUCUUUGUCACAGCUACUGAACGCUGUUGUUGUAGCAUGAAAGGAGCCAUAGAUGAUACUUAAAUCAGCAGAACUGUGUGCUGAUAAAAUUUUACUUGUAAAAGCAGGUGGGAAAUGGGCCAGUGUUUGCUGAUCCUCUGCUUUAAGGCAUAAAUGAGUAAGACUAGAGCAGUCAUAUGGUUUCAGAAAGUCAUUGUGGGAUUUUCAGAACAGCAAGUUAAAUUUUCUAACUACUAAUGGCAUGUGGGAAACGAAGUUGGCAUAGUGUAUCUUAGGAAACACCAUGCUCCCUAAAUAUUGCUUACUGACUUCAUUAUAAAUAUUUUAACAAAAAAUAUGUGAUCUUGAGGUCGCUUUAUUUUGUCCAUUUUCUCAACGUACUCCCUUCGCCUGAAACCCUGAGGUCAGUUAUCAAGAGCCAAUACGCCUUCUGUUGUUCGUGGAGCACCAGCCAACUGUACAACAACUGUUAUAAAAAUGUUUAUUGUUUACCAAAACCAUUGGACCUCUUAUCAAAUGCUGCUUGGUAACAAAAUCUUAUCACAAUUUUAAUAAAAAAAAGAAAAGAAAGAAAGAAGCUAA